AUGUUUCGCGUUGUGUCGUUUGGUUCACUUAUUCAGGACUCGCGUUUCUACUUCAAACGCAAUGGCAGAGUGACAACAAUGUAUCCUGACGGCUACACCAUCCAGAGACGCGUUUUUUCGAAGGGGAGGCGUACACGUGCCAAGAUCACACUCCCCGGCGAUGACGCUAAGAACGACUUGGGUGAGGUAUACUACACCGCUACUAUUAAGCGGAGGGACGAUGGUGGUCCGUGUUUUCAAGUAGUACGAAGUGAUAAGCCAGAUGUUAUCCACAGCGGUGAUCAAUGCUCCCCAGCGUGGCGCAAGGCCCUGGAAGCCGCAAAGCAGGACUUUCCCGAUGCCCAUAAAGAACUGGCGUAUGUAGGAUCUGAUGACAAGGGUUGUAUGAUCGUCCAGGGUGCCAUUCUGUUCGGGCUUACUGCAAAGCCUGUGGUGGACGAAUUGAACAAGAUGGCGAAGGCAUUAAGCAUAAAUGAGUGGUUGAGCACUAUAUCGGCGGACACCAAAUCAUUGGGAGACCCGAUAGGGAGCCCCAUUCCCUCUUCAUCUUCUCAGCCACGCAAGCCAAAGCAACAACUCGUCACGAGUUCACAACCCUCUCAGUCGUCCUCGUGGAAGACAAGGGGAAAGAAAAGCGUGGAGGCUCCUGAGGACGACGAUGUACCGUAUUGUGUCCGACUUUCCAAUAGUGAAGUUAGUGCCUCUGUACCUUGUUCCAUUUGCGGAUCGACAACGCCAUUUUGUCCAAUAACGGGAAAACGGCAUGACACAACGGGAAAGGGUGGAAGAGGGAGAAAGAAGUCUGAGUUGACGGAAGGGGCCGUUGCUCCAAGUGAGCCAACCGGGAAGAAAAGGGGAAGGAGGAAGAAGCAACCCCGUGAUGAUGAUGGAGCGGAAGGCUCUCAAAAUAUGAGUGCUUCCAGUGGCGAUGCGGUAAAGCGGCGGAGGACAUCAGAUGGAGCCACUGAAAGAGGCCCCUCCACCCGAGAUGCGAAGCGACAAAUGCUGCUGUUUGAAAACAACGGUAACGCAGUUGACGGGUCGUUGGCGAAUGGAGAAGUACCCUAUGCACCGCCCCCAGUACUGUUUCGGCCACCGCUUUCACCACCACAGUCGAAAGAGGCCCUGCGCGUUCUGCAGCGUACGCUACAGGCGUUGUCGGUCGUUCGAACACCAUUUACCUCUUUGUUACAACUGCGUGAACCAGGCGUCAAGAAGACCACACACGCCAGCAGCAAGUCUGACAAGGGAGCCGGCUCUCAGGCAAAUAUUAUUUCUGUUAAUGGUGCCGACACUGACGGAAAUGAUGCGGCUGCCGCUAGGAAACAAGCAGAAGAGGGAACGCAACACUUCCUUGACAUCGUAGACAUGGACAAAGGCACCCGGGCGAGACGUUACAUAAAAUUCAUGAAACUGUACACAAGUGAGAGGACCAAAAUGGAUCUGUUGAAAAAGGCUGCUAACAGCAACCCAGACUCAUCGUAG